AUGAAAAAAUUUGAAUACGAAGACCUACUGAGCGAGGAAUACAUUCGCAUACUAGAGUUACUUCCGGGUAGAAAAGACGAUGCGAUCCGCUGCUGUCUCACCUUGGAGCCUCGUCAGAACGCUGCCAAUACCUAUGAUGCCAUUUCUUACACCUGGGGCACAUCGACGGACCGGGCCGAGAUCAUCUGCUCCAACCAGAUCCUGCCCAUCACGACCAACCUGGCGGAUGCUUUGCGAGAACUCCGUAGCAAGAGCCCCGGACAUUCACAGCGUCUGUGGGUCGACGCCAUAUGCAUCAAUCAAGACCGCAGCGAAGAGAAGAACCACCAGGUCAAGCGACUUGGUGAAGUCUACCGCGAUGCAAGGCAGGUGUUUGUCUGGCUGGGCAGGGACACGGGCGGCAUAGCCAGGGACUGUUUCGGUCUCCUGGAGAGAUGGGUCUCGUAUCUUGACGAGAACUUCGACAUAUAUAGACACACUCGGAACAUUCCCACCCUCGACCUUCCACAUCACCUGUGCACUGACGCAGAGGCAGGUUCGAAGCUCAGAAAGCUCAUGGAGUGUUCCUGGUUUUCGCGCGUAUGGGUGCUUCAGGAGGCGGCGCUGGCCAAGAAUUGUCAUUUGUUCUGGGGCCGUCACAGCAUGAGUCUCGCCGUGCUCGUCGAGUUCGCCUGCUUCUGCGAUGGGCGCACCGAGAUAACGCGGCUGCUGGGCGGGGAUGACUCGAGUUUUCGGUAUUGGAGGCUCGUCUUCCUCUGCGUCUAUCGCACGUACGACAACGCAGAAUCAUGGAGGCGCGAGAGGCCGCUGAUCCGAUCCUUGAACGAGAAGCACUGCGGCGGCCGUCCGGGACUGUUCCUGGACAUAUUGCAGAUUGGGAAGUCCCUGUCGGCCAAGGAUGCUCGCGAUCACAUCUACGCAUUUUUGGGCAAUCCUCUCGCCAAAUCUGCUGAUGGUAAGCUAUUUUUGGAGCCAGAUUAUGACAAGGACGAGAAAGAAGUCUACUUUGAUGCUACACUUGCGUUCUUGCGGAGCAGACACGAAGCUCCCUAUAUUCUCUGUUUCGUGCAGCAUGACUCCGUCGACGAAGUCAAUGGGAGCAAGGCGCCGUCAUGGAUUCCGAAAUGGACGAAACCUCGGAUGGAUCUUGCGCCGUCAUAUACCAUCGGCAAUAUAGGGUUGUCGUUCGAGGCUGGGGGCCCCGUUGACAGGUUGCAGUAUAAGGCCUGCAGAGGUUUCCGUGGUGAGAGGCUUCUAAGCCUUAGGGGUUUUAUAUUUGAUCAUCUGACCUGGACUUCCGGACUUCUCAAGCCCGAAAAUUUUGCUCUCGACCGUACGCUGUGGGACUUUGAGCCUCAGGAACCGCACAAGACAUACGUUGACAAGUUGUGGAACGACAUGGUGCUCGCCUGCAACCUCCAACGUGGUUGCUCAGAGGUGCCACCGAAGCGUACUCUAAUGGACGCAAGCUUCAGCUACACACUGGUCACGGGCUACAACAAUACCCGAGUGGUGAGUAUUGACGAACACCGAAAGAGGUUCCAGAAAUACCUUCGAGCUCUCGAGAACCCAGACCCUCCCGAAAACCAUCGCACAGGGGUGAUCACAGCUCGAGCAUCACGAAAGGAACUUUGUGAGGCGUCUCGCUACGAGGUCAGCACGCGCAACUGUCGGGAUCGGCAAUUGGCACUGACAGCACAUGGUCGGUUCGCUUUGGUAGCGCGGUUCGCGAAGCCUGGAGACGCGUGCUGCGUGUUUCUAGGCAUGGUUACGCCGUUCGUUGUGAGGCAAGUUGGGAUGGAGGAUGGCGGCACGGCCAAAUAUCACUCUCUUGUGGGAGAAGCAUACGUCCACGGCGUCAUGCGGGGGGAAUUGCUGGAUGUACUUGAUCACGAAGACGUUAAUACGAAAGAGAUCGUUCUGAUGUAG